AAUGUAAUGUUUCGAGAAUUGUGUCUCUCUUUUUUUCAUAAAGUUAUCCAUGAAGUUUACAGGCAAAUCUGAAAAGCUAAUGAAAUAUUCUUCUACCGUGUGACAUACAUACAUAAGACAUUAGAAUUACAACUGAUAACUAAAAAAUAUUGAGAUUAUAAUAGUUUUUUAAACGUUUAAAAAGACGCGUUUUAACAAAGAACAAUUAAAAUGUGUGGUGUGUUGUGCGAUUGUCUCAAGGGUUCAGGAAAAGUUGUCUGCUGCUGCUGCCAAUGUGCCUUUACUAUCUGUCUGGGCAUACUUGGUUCGGUGCUCAUAUUGUUCCUCAUAAUUGGUCUUAUCGUAUACUUUACAGUAUUUCACCAUAAAGGGGAGGAAUCCGAUAAGAAAAUGAUAGAAGAUAUGGUGACUGCCGCCCCAUUAACUUUUAAAGGACUUUUCCAGCAAUACUAUUAAAAAGAUUUAAGCAUCAUAAAGCUUACGCGUGAUUUGUGUUAUAGAAUGUGUUAGCUUUUAUUCAAUUAUUGUUACU